UGGCUCCCGCUGCCGUCACGUGGCCCGUGACGCAGUUCUUCCUCAGCUCCGCCAUCUUUGCUAGCUCGCCGCGUGUUGCUGCUGCUGCUAUUGGUCCGGAGCGGUGAAGCUACAAGAGGAGAAGAGCUCGACCGCCCGCUUCGCCUUUGCCGGUGAACAUGAAUCAAGAGAAACUUGCCAAACUUCAAGCCCAGGUCCGGAUAGGUGGUAAGGGGACAGCACGUAGAAAGAAGAAGGUUGUACACAGAACAGCGACCGCAGAUGACAAAAAGCUUCAGAGUUCCCUAAAGAAACUGGCCGUGAACAACAUAGCUGGCAUUGAGGAGGUGAACAUGAUCAAGGAUGAUGGGACGGUUAUCCACUUCAACAACCCCAAGGUGCAGGCCUCGCUGUCAGCCAACACCUUCGCUGUCACCGGCCACGCCGAGACCAAGCAGCUGACUGACAUGCUGCCUGGGAUCCUCAGCCAGCUGGGCUCCGACAGCCUGACCAGCCUGCGGAAGCUUGCAGAGCAGUUCCCCCGGCAAGUUCUUGAGAACAAAGCUCCCAAAUCAGAGGACAUCGAGGAGGAGGAUGAUGAUGUACCAGAUCUUGUUGAAAACUUUGAUGAGGCAUCAAAGAACGAGGCGAACUGAAUUUUCCCCGGAGACGAGGGCGUAUCUCCGCUUCUGGGGGGUACUGCAGUCAAGAUCUCUGUCCGGUGUUUUAACUAGAGGAAACCUGACAGCUCUUCAUGAGAACCAUCAUCCAAGAGACCCGUUUUGUAUUUUUUAACAGGUUGCCUGUGCAGGCAUCUUCCGGAAAGGAUGAUUUGGGCACUUGGACCUUUUGGUUAAAAACGUUCCUUAAAUAGCUGGCCCUGUCUAUGGUGCAGUGGUGAGAGAAAAUGCGAGUCUUAUUUAAGUUCUUUUCUUCCCCUUUUUUUCUGUCUAAAUCACAAAAUAAAAUGGAUUGAUUAACCUUU